AUGAGACACAGCAUAUCAUGGCCUCGCACUGCCUUGCGCAGCAGCGGCCAGCUAUCACAGCGAUGCAGACCAUCACAGUCGGCAUGCAUACCUCACACGCACACGCAAAGGAGGUGUCUGAAUGCGGCUGCCGCUGCAGCCCAAGUCACACCGAGCUCCCAACACCAACCACUCACCACCCGCCGGCGUCUCAUCAAGGAUGCGAAGCCCUUCUCCGACUUCCUCACCGAUACCUUCCACCGCCAGCAUGACUACCUCCGCAUUUCCGUCACGGAACGCUGUAAUCUUCGCUGCCUUUACUGCAUGCCCGAAGAAGGCGUGCCGCUCUCCCCGACAAAGGAACUUCUCACCACCCCGGAAAUCGUCCUGCUCUCCUCCGUCUUCGUCUCCCAGGGGGUGACCAAGAUCCGCCUGACGGGCGGCGAGCCCACGGUGCGCCGCGACAUCGUCCCGCUCAUGCACCAGAUCGGCGCCCUCCGGCCCCACGGCCUCCGCGAGCUGUGCCUGACCACAAACGGCCUCUCCCUCCACCGCAAGCUCGACAGCAUGGUCGAGGCAGGGCUCACCGGCGUCAACCUGAGCCUCGACACUCUGGACCCGCACAUGUUCCAGAUCAUGACCCGGCGCAACGGCUUCGACGCCGUGAAGAAGAGCAUCGACCGCAUCUUUGCCCUCAACAAGGCCGGCGCGGGCAUCAAGUUCAAAAUCAACUGCGUCGUCAUGCGCGGCCGCAAUGACGCCGAGAUCGGGCCCUUUGUCGAGAUGACGCGCGACAAGGACGUCGAGGUCCGCUUCAUCGAGUACAUGCCCUUUGACGGCAACAAGUGGAACAAGGGCAAGAUGCUGGGCUACGCCGAGAUGCUCGACGUCAUCCGCGAGACGUAUCCCACCUUGGCCAAGGUCGAGGACCACAAGAACGACACGAGCAAGACGUGGCACGUCCCCGGGUUCGCGGGCAGGAUCGGCUUCAUCACGAGCAUGACGCACAACUUUUGCGGGACGUGCAACCGGCUGCGCAUCACGAGUGACGGGAAUCUCAAGGUGUGCUUGUUUGGCAACACCGAGGUCUCGCUGCGGGAUAUCCUGCGAAAGUCCAACGGCGGCGAGCCCAUUGACGAGGCGGCGCUCGAGGCGAUGAAGCAGAUUGAGAUGGACCGCCGGCAAGGGCUGGCAGACGCUGGGAAGCCGCUGGGCGCAGCGCUCAACGAGGCGGAGCUCUUGGACGUCAUUGGUAUGGCUGUCAAGCGGAAGAAGGAGAAGCAUGCGGGUAUUGGUGAGCUGGAGCACAUGAAGAACAGGCCGAUGAUCUUGAUAGAUUCUCAACCGCUUCAACCUUCUCGUCUGUCGUCUCACACCAGGGUCUUCAAGCCAAUGUCCAUGAGCACGCCCAUCAGCCUCACCCAGGCACCUUCACGCCGUCCUCUCGCCGUGCCAGGGGUACCCAUCCACCUCCUAUCCGCAACACCACAUCACCACGCUCAACUCAGGCCCUUCUCCGCAACCACCCGCCGCCGCAACGAUGACUCCGACAAGAAGAGCAAGGACACCAACGACAAAUACAAUGACACACAAACCCCCAAACCAUCCCUAACGCACAUCUCCCCCACAGGCUCAGCCCACAUGGUCUCCAUCGCCGCCAAACUCCCCACAGCACGCAUCGCAAAAGCAGCCUGCACAAUAACCUUCUCCUCCCCAUCCGCCAUAAACCUCAUCCGCGCCUCCCAGAUGAAAAAGGGCGACGUCCUCGGCACGGCGCGAAUCGCGGGCAUCAUGGCCGCCAAGCGCACGCCCGACAUCAUCCCGCUGUGCCACCCGAUCCUGCUCUCUCACAUCGGCGUCGAGGUCGAGCCGGCCAGCGACGCUGAAGACGAGACGGUGAUUUGCGUCGAGGCGACAGUCGAGUGUGAGGGCAAGACGGGGGUCGAGAUGGAGGCUUUGACUGCUGCUGGGGCGGCGGCGAUGACGGUGUAUGAUAUGUGUAAGGCUGUGGAUAAGGGGAUGGUUAUUGGGGGGUUGAGGGUUGUUUUGAAGGAUGGGGGGAAGAGUGGGCGGUGGGAGAUGCCUUAA